AUGGGGCUGCCUCUAGCCCGCCUGGUGGCCAUCUGCCUGGCCCUGUCUUCGGCCGGGGGCACGCAGCUCCAGAGAGAAAAAAAAGGUAGGACCCAAAACCAUGGCCACACAGUCUGCAGCACGUGGGGGGAUGGCCACUACAAGACCUUUGACGGUGACAUCUACCAGUUCCGCGGCCUCUGUGACUACAACUUUGCCUCCGACUGCCGUGACUCCUACAAGGAAUUUGCCGUGCACCUGAAGCGCAGCCUGGGCCACAGCAGGGGCCAACCUGAGCUCGAAUACAUCCUCCUGACCAUCGGGGAUGACACUGUGUACCUGAGGAAGCAGCUGACUGUGGUGAACGGAGCCCUGGUCAGCACCCCGCAUUAUAGCUCGGGGCUUCUCAUCGAGAAGAAUGAUGUCUACACAAAGGUCUACUCCCGUGCCGGCCUCUCCCUCAUAUGGAACCGCGAGGACUCCCUCAUGCUCGAGCUGGACAGUAAGUUCCGGAACCACACGUGUGGCCUCUGUGGGGACUUCAACGGCCUGCAGACCUACUCAGAGUUCCUCACUGAUGGCAUCCUCUUCAGCCCAACCCAGUUCGGCAACAUGCAGAAGGUCAACAAGCCAGAGGUGGUGUGCGAGGACCCUGAGGAGGAGGUGGUCCCUGCUACCUGCGACCAGCAUCGCGCGGAGUGCGAGCGGCUGCUGACCGCGGAGGCCUUCUCGGACUGCCUGGAACGCGUGCCGCUGGAGCUGUACGUGCAGGCCUGCAUGGAGGACCGCUGCCGCUGCGCGGAGGGUAACGGGACCGCCUGCCUCUGCAGCACAGUCGCCGAGUUCUCGCGCCAGUGUUCCCACGCCGGCGGGCGGCCGCGCAGCUGGAGGAGCGCCUCCCUUUGCUCCAAGAGCUGCCCUGGGAACAUGGUCUACUUGGAGAGCGGCUCUCCCUGCGUGGACACGUGCUCACACCUGGAGCUGAGCAGCCUCUGUGAAGAACACAGCAUGGAUGGCUGCUUCUGCCCAGAAGGCACCGUGUACGACGACAUUGCCGGGAGUGGCUGCAUCCCUGUGAGCCAGUGCCACUGCAAGCUGCACGGACACCUGUACUCACCAGGCCAGCAGGUCACCAACCAGUGCGAGCAAUGCACCUGCAACUCCAGCCGCUGGGUGUGCAAAGACCUGCCAUGCCCCGGGACCUGUGCCCUGGAGGGUGGCUCCCACAUCACCACCUUCGACGGGAAGAAGUUUACCUUCCAUGGGGACUGCUACUAUAUCCUGGCCAAGAGUGACCACAACGACUCCUACACUCUGCUGGGCGAGCUGGCCCCCUGUGGCUCCACAGACAAGCAGACCUGCCUGAAGACGGUGGUGCUAUUGACAGAUAAGAAGAAGAACGUGGUGGCCUUCAAGUCUGACGGCAGCGUGUUCCUGAAUGAGCUGGAGGUCAACCUGCCCCACGUGACUGCCAGUUUCUCCAUCUUCCGGCCCUCGUCCUACCACAUCAUCGUCAGCACUGACCUGGGCCUACGGCUGCAGGUGCAGCUGGACCCUGCCAUGCAGCUCUUUGCCACGCUGGACCAGGGUGCUCAGGGGCAGGUGCAGGGCCUCUGCGGGAACUUCAAUGGCCUGGAGGGUGAUGACUUCAAGACGGCCAGCGGGCUGGUGGAGGCCACAGGUGCGGGCUUCGCCAACACCUGGAAGGCCCAGUCAAGCUGCCAGGACAAGCUGGACUGGCUGGACGACCCCUGCUCCCUCAGCAUCGAGAGCGCCAACUAUGCUGAGCACUGGUGUUCACUACUGAAGAAGACAGAGACCCCCUUUGGCAGGUGCCACUCCUCCGUGGACCCCGCUGAGUACUACAAGAGGUGCAAGUACGACACGUGCAACUGCCAGAACAAUGAGGACUGCUUGUGUGCCGCCCUGUCCUCCUAUGCCCGCGCCUGUGCUGCCAAGGGCGUCAUGCUGUGGGGCUGGCGGGAGCGCGUCUGCAACAAGGACGUGGGCUCUUGCCCCAGUUCCCAGAUCUUUCUCUACAACCUGACCACCUGCCAGCAGACCUGCCGCUCCCUCUCUGAGCCCAAUAAGCACUGCCUUAAGGGCUUUGUGCCUGUGGAUGGCUGUGGUUGCCCUGAUCACACCUUCUUGGAUGAGAAGGGGCGCUGCGUGACGCUGGCCAAGUGCUCCUGCUACCACCGUGGCCUCUACCUGGAGGCAGGCGACGUGGUCCUGCGGCAGGAGGAGCGAUGCAUCUGCCAGAAUGGAAGCCUGCACUGCCAGCCGAUCAAGCUGCUCAGCGAGAGCUGCAAAGCCCCAAAGGUCUACAUAGACUGCAACAACCUGACUGCGCUGGCCAUCCGGAAACCCCGCCCUGUCAGCUGCCAGACGCUGGCCGCCGGCUAUUACCAGACGGAGUGUGUUAGUGGCUGCAUGUGUCCCAAUGGGCUGAUCGAUGAUGGGAGAGGCGGCUGCGUGGUGGAGGAGGAGUGUCCCUGUGUCCACAACAAGAACCUGUACCUCUCUGGGAGCAAGAUCAAGGUGGACUGCAAUACCUGCACCUGCCACAGAGGACGCUGGACGUGCACACAGUUCAAGUGCCACGGCACCUGCGCCAUCUAUGGGAGCGGCCACUACAUCACCUUUGACGGGAAGUACUAUGACUUCGAUGGGCACUGCUCCUAUGUGGCUGCUCAGGACUACUGCGGCCGGAACAACUCCCUGGGCUCCUUCAGCAUCAUCACCGAGAACGUGCCCUGUGGCACCACGGGUGUGACCUGCUCCAAGGCCAUCAAGAUCUUCCUGGGGAGGACGGAGCUGAAGCUGGAGGACAAGCACCGAGUGGUGAUCCAGCGGGAUGUGGGGCACCGCGUGUCCUACACCACGCGGGAGGUGGGCCAAUACCUGGUGGUGGAGGCCAGCACAGGCAUCAUUGUCAUCUGGGACAAGAAGACCACCAUCUUCAUCAAGCUAGCCCCCUCCUACAAGGGCACCGUGUGUGGCUUGUGUGGCAACUUCGACCACCGCUCCAACAACGACUUCACCACACGGGACCACAUGGUGGUGGACAGCGAGCUGGACUUUGGGAACAGCUGGAAGGAGGCCCCCACUUGCACAGAUGUGACCGCUAUCCCUGAGCCCUGCAGCCUGAAUCCGCACCGCCACUCCUGGGCGGAAAAGCAGUGCAGCAUCAUCAAGAGCAGCGUUUUCCAAGUCUGCCACAGCAAGGUGGACCCCAAGCCCUUCUAUGAGGCCUGUGUCCAGGACUCCUGCUCCUGCGACACGGGCGGUGACUGCGAGUGCUUCUGCUCGGCCGUGGCCUCCUACGCCCAGGAGUGCACCAAGGAGCAGGCCUGCGUCUUCUGGAGGACACCUGACCUGUGCCCCAUCUUCUGUGACUACUACAACCCUCCGGAUGAGUGUGAGUGGCACUAUGAGCCAUGCGGGAACCGCAGCUUCGAGACCUGCAGGACCAUCAACGGCAUCCACUCCAACAUCUCUGUGUCCUACCUGGAGGGUUGCUACCCCCGGUGCCCUGAGGACAGGCCAAUCUAUGAUGAGGACCUGAAGAAAUGUGUCACCAGAGACAAGUGUGGCUGCUAUGUCGGGGACGAUCGCUAUCCACCUGGGGCAUCGGUACCCACUGAGGAGAUCUGCGAUUCUUGUGUGUGCACUACCACCUCAGAGGUCAUCUGCCAGCCCGAUGUUGGAAAGGUUGUCAACCAGACCCAGGAUGGCGCUUUCUGCUACUGGGAGAUCUGUGGUCCCAAUGGGACGAUCGAGCAGCACUUCAACAUCUGCGGGUCUACCACGCCGCCCACAUCAACCCCAACAACCUCCACCACCACCUCCGUCACCACCGCCACCACCGUCACACCGACCACCACCACCACCAGCACACCGACCACCAGCACCACCAGCACACCGGCCACCAAGAUCUGUUGCUUCUGGUCGGACUGGAUCAACGAGGACCAUCCGACUUCUGGCAGUAAUGAUGGAGACCAAGAGACGUUUGAGAGUGUCUGCAAAGCCCCUGUGGACAUCCAGUGCAGAUCAGCCAGAGAACCCCACCUCAGCUGGGUGGAGCUGGACCAGAAGGCUCAGUGUGACAUCUCUGUUGGGUUCAUUUGCAAAAAUGAAGACCAGUUUGGAAAUGGACCAUUUGGAAAAUGCUACGACUAUGAGAUACGUGUCAAAUGUUGCCUGCCAAUGGAGGUGUGUCCUACGACCACAUCCACCCCCACCCCUUCAUCAACGACUUCUAUCACUCCCCCACCAUCAACCAUAACAACCUCCCCUCCCCCAGGGCCCCCCACCUCAGUGACAACUACGACCACCACAACCACCCCUACCCCUCCAUCAACGACUCCCACCACUCCCCCACCAUCAACCAUAACAACCUCCCCUGCCCCAGGGCCUACCACCACAGUGAUAACCACAACCACCCCCACCCCUUCAUCAACGACUUCUAUCACUCCCCCACCACCAACCACAACAACCUCCCCUACCCCACAGUCUACCACUCCAGUGACAACCACAACCACCCCCAGCCCUUCAUCAACGACUUCUAUCACUCCCCCACCAUCAACCAUAACAACCUCCCCUUCCCCAGGGUCCACCACCCCAGUGACAACCACAACCACCCCCACCCCUUCGUCAACGACUUCUAUCACUCCCCCACCACCAACCACAACAACCUCCCCUACCCCAGGGCCCACCACCCCAGUGACAACCACGGCCACCACGACCACACCCAACCCUCCAUCAACGACUCCCACCACUCCCCCACCAUCAACCAUAACAACCUCCCCUACCCCAGGGCCCCCCACCACAGUGAUAACCACAACCACCCCCACCCCUUCAUCAACGACUUCUAUCACUCCCCCACCAUCAACCAUAACAACCUCCCCUACCCCAGGGCCCCCCACCUCAGUGACAACUACGACCACCACAACCACCCCUACCCCCCCAUCAACGACUCCCACCACUCCCCCACCCACGACCACACCCAACCCUCCAUCAACGACUCCCACCACUCCCCCACCCACAACCACCCCUACCCCUCCAUCAACGACUCCCACCACUCCCCCACCAUCAACCAUAACAACCUCACCUGCCCCAGGGCCUACCACCACAGUGAUAACCACAACCACCCCCACCCCUUCAUCAACGACUUCUAUCACUCCCCCACCAUCAACCAUAACAACCUCCCCUUCCCCAGGGUCCACCACCCCAGUGACAACCACAGCCACCACGACCACACCCAACCCUCCAUCAACGACUCCCACCACUCCCCCACCAUCAACCAUAACAACCUCCCCUACCCCAGGGCCCCCCACCUCAGUGACAACUACGACCACCACAACCACCCCUACCCCUCCAUCAACGACUCCCACCACUCCCCCACCAUCAACCAUAACAACCUCACCUGCCCCAGGGCCUACCACCACAGUGAUAACCACAACCACCCCCACCCCUUCAUCAACGACUUCUAUCACUCCCCCACCAUCAACCAUAACAACCUCCCCUUCCCCAGGGUCCACCACCCCAGUGACAACCACAGCCACCACGACCACACCCAACCCUCCAUCAACGACUCCCACCACUCCCCCACCAUCAACCAUAACAACCUCCCCUACCCCAGGGCCCCCCACCUCAGUGACAACUACGACCACCACAACCACCCCUACCCCUCCAUCAACGACUCCCACCACUCCCCCACCCCCAUCAACCAAGCUACCUACCACAACUUUAUGUUAUGACUGUAACUGCACCGGCUGGAUCAAUUCGGGGAAACCUACCUUCCCGCCGGGUGGUGGUGACUUUGAGCCUAUUCCAAGUGUCUGUGAGUCAGGCUGGACGGCCCAUAUCUCCUGCAGAGCCAGGAUGUUUCCCGACAAGACACUUGAGCAACUUGGACAAAGAGUGGUAUGUAACCUCUCUGUUGGGCUGGAGUGCAAGAAUGAAAAUCAAAGGAUAGAAGGGGCUAACCUACACCCCCUCUGCCACGAUUACGAGAUCAACUUUUGCUGCUGCAGGGAAGGGUGUACUUCCACACAUUCUCCUACAACUCCAACUCCCACCCCUACCACCACUGCACUGACCACAACCCCCACCAUCAGCACCACCGCAGGGACCACGACCCCCACUGGCAGCACCACCCCAGGGACCACUACAACAACCUUCGGCACCACCCCAGGGACCACGACCCUCACUGUCAGUACCACCUCAGGGACCACGACCUCCAGCAUCAGCACUACCCCAAGGACCACGACCCCCACUGUCAGUACCACCUCAGGGACCACGACCUCCACCAUCAGCACCACCCCAGGGACCACGACCCCCACUGUCAGUACCACCGCAGAGACCACGACCUCCACCAUCAGUACCACCUUAAGUACCUUAUCUCCUACCGUUAGCACCACCCCAGGGACCACGACCCCCACUGUCAGUACCACCUCAAGGACCAUGACCACCACCCCAGGGACCACGACCCCCACUGUAAGCACCACCCCAGGGACAACGACCUCCACCAUCAGCACCACCAGAGGGACCACGACUUCCACCAUCGGCACCGCUCCAGGAACCACGACCCCCACUGUCAGUACCACCUCAGGGACCACGACCUCCACCAUCAGCACCACCCCAGGGACCACGACCCCCACUGUCAGCACCACCUCAGGGACCACGACCUCCAGCAUCAGCACUACCCCAAGGACCACGACCCCCACUGUCAGUACCACCUCAGGGACUACGACCUCCACCAUCAGCACCACCCCAGGGACCACGACCCCCACUGUCAGCACCACCCCAGGGACGACGACCUCCACCAUCAGCACCACCCCAGGGACCACGACCCCCACUGUCAGUAGCACCUCAGGGACCACGACCUCCACCAUCAGCACCAGCCCAGGGACCACGACCCCCACUGUCAGUACCACCUCAGGGACCACGACCUCCACCAUCAGCACCACCCCAGGGACCACGACCCUCACUCUCAGCACCACCCCAGGGACCACGACCCCCAUUGUCAGUACCACCUCAGGGACCACGACCUCCACCAUCAGCACCACCCCAGGGACUACGACCCCCACUGUCAGUACCACCACAGGGACCACGACCUCCACCAUCAGCACCACCCCAGGGACCACGACCCCCACCGUCAGUACCACCCCAGGGACCACGACCUCCACCAUCAGCACCACCUUGAGUACCUCAUCUCCUACUGUCAGCACCACCCCAGGGACCACGACCCCCACUGUCAGUACCACCUCAGGGACCACGACCUCCACCAUCAGCACCAGCCCAGGGACCACGACCCCCACUGUCAGUACCACCUCAGGGACCACGACCUCCACCAUCAGCACCACCCCAGGGACCACGACCCCCACCAUCAGCACCACCUUGAGUACCUCAUCUCCUACUGUCAGCACCACCCCAGGGACCACGACCCCCACUGUCACUACCACCUCAGGGACCACGACCUCCACCAUCAGCACCACCCCAGGGACCACGACCCCCACUGUCAGCACCACCCCAGGGACCACGACCUCCACCAUCAGCACCACCCCAGGGACCACGACCGCCACUGUCAGUACCACCCCAGGGACCACGACCUCCACCAUCAGCACCACCCCAGGGACCACGACCCCCACUGUCAGUACCACCUCAGGGACCACGACCUCCACCAUCAGCACCAGCCCAGGGACCACGACCCCCACUGUCAGUACCACCUCAGGGACCACGACCUCCACCAUCAGCACCACCCCAGGGACCACGACCGCCACUGUCAGUACCACUUCAGGGACCACGACCUCCACGAGCACCAUCCCAGGGACCACAACCUCCACCAUCAGCACCACCCCAGGGACCACGACCCCCACUAUCAGUACCACCUCAGGGACCAUGACCUCCAGCAUCAGCACCACCCCAGGGACCACGACCCCCACUGUCAGCACCACCCCAGAGACCACGACCUCCACCAUCAGCACCACCCCAGGGACCACGACCCCCACUGUCAGUACCACCCCAGGGACCACGACCUCCACCAUCAGCACCACCUUAAGUACCUUAUCUCCUACUGUCAGCACCACCCCAGGGACCACGACCCCCACUGUCAGCACCACCCCAGGGACCAAGACCCCCACCGUCAGUACCACUUCAGGGACCACGACCUCCACCAUCAGCACCACCUUAAGUACCUUAUCUCCUACUGUCAGCACCACCCCAGGGACCACGACCCCCACUGUCAGUACCACCUCAGGGACCACGACCUCCACCAUCAGCACUACCCCAGGGACCACGACCCCCACUGUCAGUACCACCUCAGGGACCACGACCCCUACCAUCAGCACCACCCCAGGGACCACGACCCCCACUGUCAGCACCACUCCAGGGACCACGACCGCCACAGUCAGUACCACUUCAGGGACCACGACCUCCACGAGCACCACCCCAGGGACCACGACCUCCACCAUCAGCACCACCCCAGGGACCACCACCCCCACUGUCAUUACCACCACAGGGACCACGACCUCCACCAUCAGCACCACCCCAGGGACUACGACCCCCACUGUCAGUACCACCACAGGGACCACGACCUCCACCAUCAGCACCACCCCAGGGACCACGACCCCCACUGUCAGUACCACCCCAGGGACCACGACCUCCACCAUCAGCACCACCUUGAGUACCUCAUCUCCUACUGUCAGCACCACCCCAGGGACCACGACCCCCACUGUCAGCACCACCCCAGGGACCACGACCUCCACCAUCAGCACCAGCCCAGGGACCAUGACCCCCACUGUCAGUACCACCUCAGGGACCACGACCUCCACCAUCAGCACCACCCCAGGGACCACGACCCCCACUGUCAGCACCACUCCAGGGACCACGACCGCCACCGUCAGUACCACUUCAGGGACCACGACCUCCACGAGCACCAUCCAAGGGACCACAACCUCCACCAUCAGCACCACCCCAGGGACCACGACCCCCACUAUCAGUACCACCUCAGGGACCACGACCUCCAGCAUCAGCACCACCCCAGGGACCACGACCCCCACUGUCAGCACCACCCCAGGGACCACGACCUCCACCAUCAGCACCACCCCAGGGACCACGACCCCCACUGUCAGUACCACCCCAGGGACCACGACCUCCACCAUCAGCACCACCUUAAGUACCUUAUCUCCUACUGUCAGCACCACGCCAGGGACCACGACCCCCACUGUCAACACCACCCCAGGGACCACGACCCCCACCGUCAGUACCACUUCAGGGACCACGACCUCCACCAUCAGCACCACCUUAAGUACCUUAUCUCCUACUGUCAGCACCACCCCAGGGACCACGACCCACACUGUCAGUACCACCUCAGGGACCACGACCUCCACCAUCAGCACUACCCCAGGGACCACGACCCCCACUGUCAGUACCACCUCAGGGACCACGACCCCUACCAUCAGCACCACCCCAGGGACCACGACCCCCACUGUCAGCACCACUCCAGGGACCACGACCGCCACAGUCAGUACCAGUUCAAGGACCACGACCUCCACGAGCACCACCCCAGGGACCACGACCUCCACCAUCAGCACCACCCCAGGGACCACGACCGCCACUGUCAGUACCACCUCAGGGACCACGACCUCUACCAUCAGCACCACCCCAGAGACCACGACCUCCACCAUCAGCACUACCCCAGGGACCACAACCCCCACUGUCAGUACCACCUCAGGGACCACGACCUCUACCAUCAGCACCACCCCAGAGACCACGACCUCCACCAUCAGCUCCACCCCAGGGACCACAACCCCCACUGUCAGUACCACCUCAGGGACUACGACCUCCACCAUCAGCACCACCCCAGGGACCACGACCUCUACCAUCAGCACCACCCCAGAGACCACGACCUCCACCAUCAGCACCACCCCAGGGACCAUGACCCCCACUGUCAGUACCACCUCAGGGACCACGACCUCCACGAGCACCACCCCACGGACCACGACCUCCACCAUCAGCACCACUCCAGGGACCACGACCCCCACUGUCAGUACCACAUCAGGGACCAUGACCACCACCAUCAGCACCACCCCAGGGACCACGACCCCCUCCGUCAGUACCUCCCCAGGGACCACGACCUCCACCAUCAGCACCACCUUAAGUACCUUAUCUCCUACUGUCAGCACCACCCCAGUGACCACGACCCCCACUGUCAGUACCACCUCAGGGACCACAACCUCCACCAUCAGCACUACCCCAGGGACCACGACCCCCACUGUUAGUACCACCUCAGGGACCACGACCUCCACCAUCAGCACCACCCCAGGGACCACGACACCCACUGUCAGUACCACCUCAGGGACCACGACCUCCACCAUCAGCACCCCCCCAGGGACUGCGACCUCCACCAUCAGCACCGCUCCAGGGACCACGACCUCCACCAUCAGCACCGCUCCAGGGACCACGACCCCCACUGUCACUACCACCUCAGGGACCACGACCUCCACCAUCAGCACCACCCCAGGGACCACGACCCCCACUGUCAGCACCACCCCAGGGACCACAACCUCCACCAUCAGCACCACCUUAAGUACCUUAUCUCCUACUGUCAGCACCACCCCAGGGACCACGACCCCCACUGUCAGCACCACCCCAGGGACCACGACCUCCACCAUCAGCACCGCUCCAGGGACCACGACCUCCACCAUCAGCACCGCUCCAGGGACCACGACCCCCACUGUCAGUACCACCUCAGGGACCACGACUUCCACCAUCAGCACCACCCCAGGGACCACGACCCCCACUGUCAGUACCACCUCAGGGACCAUGACCUCCAGCAUCAGCACCACCCCAGGGACCACGACCCCCACUGUCAGUACCACCUCAGGGACCACGACCUCCACCAUCAGUACCACCCCAGGGACCACGACCUCCACCAUCAGCACCACCCCAGGGACCACGACUCCCACUGUCAGUACCACCUCAGGGACCACGACCUCCACGAGCACCACCCCACGGACCACGACCUCCACCAUCAGCACCACUCCAGGGACCACGACUCCCACUGUCAGUACCACCUCAGGGACCACGACCUCCACGAGCACCACCCCACGGACCACGACCUCCACCAUCAGCACCACUCCAGGGACCACGACCUCCACCAUCAGCACCACCCCAGGGACCACGACCCCCACUGUCAGCACCACCCCAGAGACCACGACCUCCACCAUGAGCACCACCCCAGGGACCACGACCCCCACCGUUAGUACCUCCCCAGGGACCACGACCUCCACCAUCAGCACCACCUUAAGUACCUUAUCUCCUACUGUCAGCACCACCCCAGUGACCACCACCCCCACUGUCAGUACCACCUCAGGGACCACAACCUCCACCAUCAGCACUACCCCAGGGACCACGACCCCCACUGUUAGUACCACCUCAGGGACCACGACCUCCACCAUCAGCACCACCCCAGGGACCACGACACCCACUGUCAGUACCACCUCAGGGACCACGACCUCCACCAUCAGCACCACCCCAGGGACUGCGACCUCCACCAUCAGCACCGCUCCAGGGACCACGACCUCCACCAUCAGCACCGCUCCAGGGACCACGACCCCCACUGUCACUACCACCUCAGGGACCACGACCUCCACCAUCAGCACCACCCCAGGGACCACGACCCCCACUGUUAGUACCACCUCAGGGACCACGACCUCCACCAUCAGCACCACCCCAGGGACCACGACCCCCACUGUCAGUACCACCUCAGGGACCACGACCUCUACCAUCAGCACCACCCCAGGGACUGCGACCUCCACCAUCAGCACCGCUCCAGGGACCACGACCUCCACCAUCAGCACCGCUCCAGGGACCACGACCCCCACUGUCACUACCACCUCUGGGACCACGACCUCCACCAUCAGCACCACCCCAGGGACCACGACCCCCACUGUCACUACCACCUCAGGGACCACGACCUCCACCAUCAGCACUACCCCAGGGACCACGACCCCCACUGUCAGCACCACCCCAGGGACCACAACCUCCACCAUCAGCACCACCUUAAGUACCUUAUCUCCUACUGUCAGCACCACCCCAGGGACCACGACCCCCACUGUCAGUACCACCUCAGGGACCAUGACCUCCAGCAUCAGCACCACCCCAGGGACCACAACCCCCACUGUCAGUACCACCUCAGGGACCACGACCUCCACCAUCAGUACCACCCCAGGGACCACGACCUCCACCAUCAGCACCACCCCAGGGACCACGACCCCCACUGUCAGUACCACCUCAGGGACCACGACCUCCACGAGCACCACCCCACGGACCACGACCUCCACCAUCAGCACCACUCCAGGGACCACGACCCCCACUGUCAGUACCACCUCAGGGACCACGACCCCCACUGUCAGUACCACCUCAGGGACCACGACCUCCACGAGCACCACCCCACGGACCACGACCUCCACCAUCAGCACAACUCCAGGGACCACGACCCCCACUGUCAGUACCACAUCAGGGACCAUGACCACCACCAUCAGCACCACCCCAGGGACCACGACCCCCUCCGUCAGUACCUCCCCAGGGACCACGACCUCCACCAUCAGCACCACCUUAAGUACCUUAUCUCCUACUGUCAGCACCACCCCUGUGACCACGACCCCCACUGUCAGUACCACCUCAGGGACCACAACCUCCACCAUCAGCACUACCCCAGGGGCCACGACCCCCACUGUUAGUACCACCUCAGGGACCACGACCUCCACCAUCAGCAGCACCCCAGGGACCACGACCCCCACUGUCAGUACCACCUCAGGGACCACGACCUCCACCAUCAGCACCACCCCAGGGACUGCGACCUCCACCAUCAGCACCGCUCCAGGGACCACGACCUCCACCAUCAGCACCGCUCCAGGGACCACGACCCCCACUGUCACUACCACCUCAGGGACCACGACCUCCACCAUCAGCACCACCCCAGGGACCACGACCCCCACUGUUAGUACCACCUCAGGGACCACGACCUCCACCAUCAGCACCACCCCAGGGACCACAACCCCGACUGUCAGUACCACCUCAGGGACCACGACCUCUACCAUCAGCACCACCCCAGGGACUGCGACCUCCACCAUCAGCACCGCUCCAGGGACCACGACCUCCACCAUCAGCACCGCUCCAGGGACCACGACCCCCACUGUCACUACCACCUCAGGGACCACGACCUCCACCAUCAGCACCACCCCAGGGACCACGACCCCCACUGUCACUACCACCUCAGGGACCACGACCUCCACCAUCAGCACCACCCCAGGGACCACGACCCCCACUGUCAGCACCACCCCAGGGACCACAACCUCCACCAUCAGCACCACCUUAAGUACCUUACCUCCUACUGUCAGCACCACCCCAGGGACCACGACCCCCACUGUCAGUACCACCUCAGGGACCACGACCUCCACCAUCAGCACCACCCCAGGGACCACGACCCCCACUGUCACUACCACCUCAGGGACCACGACCUCCACCAUCAGCACCACCCCAGGGACCACGACCUCCACCAUCAGCACCGCUCCAGGGACCACGACCUCCACCAUCAGCACCGCUCCAGGGACCACGACCCCCACUGGGCAACGACCCCCACCCGCUCCAGUCUCAAUCGCCACUCUGGUACCAUGCUGCUAUUUGAAUGGCACAUUCUUCAGCCCAGGCGAAGUGGUGUACAACGGCACACAUGGGGACCUCUGCUAUUACGUGAACUGCUCCCUGGACUGCACCCUCGAGAUCUUCAACUGGUCCUGCCCAUCCACGCCCUCACCGGCUAGCACACCCUCCAAGCCAACAUCUCCCUCCGCAACACCAUCCACGCCCCCGCCGACCACCACGCCCACUGGAUGCCCUAACUUUGAUCCUCCCCGACAGGAGAAUGAGACCUGGAGGCUCUGUGACUGCCUCAUGGCCACCUGCAAGCACGACAACACGGUAGAGAUUGUGAAGGUGGAGUGCAAGCCCCCGCCCAUGCCCACCUGCACCAACGGCCUCAAGCCCGUGGAGGUGUGGGAUCCCGAUGGCUGCUGCUGGCACUGGGAGUGCGACUGCUACUGCACAGGCUGGGGGGACCCACACUACGUCACCUUCGACGGGCUCUACUACAGCUACCAGGGCAACUGCACAUAUGUGCUGGUGGAACAGAUCACUCCCAAGGUGGACAACUUUGGGGUCUACAUCGACAACUACCACUGUGACGUCAACGACAAGGUCUCCUGUCCCCGAACCCUCAUCGUGCACCACAAGAGGCAGGAAGUACUGAUCAAGACAGUGCAAAUGGUGCCCAUAAAGGUGCAGGUGCAGGUCAACAGGCAGGCAGUGGCACUGCCCUACCAGGAGUAUGGGCUGCAGGACGGGCUGCAGGUGUAUGAGCUGGGCAUCAACUACGUGGUGGAUAUCCCCAAGCUGGGCGCCCUCAUCUCCUACAAUGGCCUCUCCUUCUCCAUCAAGCUGCCCUACAGGCUUUUUGGCAACAACACCCAGGGCCAGUGUGGCACGUGCACCAAUAACACUGCGGAUGACUGCAUGCGGCCCAGUGGGGAGAUCGUCUCCAACUGCGAGAUUGUGGCCGACGAAUGGGUGGUGAACGACCCCUCCAAGCCCAACUGCCCCCACACUGUGGGCACCACCAAGCGCCCAGCUGUCACCAAGCCAGCGAACACAACCUCCUGUGUGCCGUCCCCUCUCUGUGAGCUCAUCAAAGACAGCCUGUUCGCCCAGUGUCACUCCCUGGCGCCGCCGCAGGACUACUACGACGCCUGCGUGUUUGACAGCUGCUUCGCGCCUGGCCAGGGCCUGGAGUGCGCCAGCCUGCAGACCUACGCGGCCCUCUGUGCACAGGCGGACAUCUGCGUGGACUGGCGACCCCGCACCCAGGGGGCCUGCACGCUGACCUGCCCGUCCCACCGGGAGUACCGGGCCUGCGGGCCUGCGGAGGAGCCCACCUGCAAGUCCAGCUCCCAGAAGCAGAACACCACGCACCUGGUGGAAGGCUGCUUCUGUCCUAGGGGCACCAAGAACUACGCCCCCGGCUUCGACGUCUGCGUGCAGCAUUGCGGUUGUGUGGGACCCGACGACGUGCCCAGAGCAUUUGGGGAGCGCUUUGAAUUCGACUGCAAAGACUGCCUUUGCCUGGAGGGCGGGAGAGGCAUUUCCUGCCAGCCCAAGAAAUGCAGCCUGCAGCUGUCCACAAGUUGUGAGGAGGAUGGCACCUACCCGGUCACGGAGGUCAACCCUGAUGACACCUGCUGCAAAAUUACUUCCUGCAAGUGCAACACCAGCCGGUGUCUGGAGAAGCCUCCUACGUGCAAACUGGGAUUUGAGCUGAAGAGCAAGACAGUCCCUGGGAGGUGCUGCCCACUUUACUCAUGUGAGCCCAAGGGCGUAUGUGUCGUGGAAAAUGCUGAGUACCAGCCCGGCUCUCCAGUUUAUGCUUCCAAGUGCCAGAGCUGCUUCUGCACCGAAGACGUGAACAAGGAGACCCAGCUGCACGUCAUCAACUGCACCCACGUGCCCUGCAUCACCCACUGCAACCCCGGCUUCGAGCUCGUGGAGGCCCCCGGCGAGUGCUGCAAGAAGUGUGAGCAGACCCACUGCGUCAUCCAACAGCAGGACAACCAGAACCUCGUCCUGAAGCCUGGGGACAUGAAGCAAGACCCCAAGAACAACUGCACCUUCUUCAGCUGCGUGAAAAUUCACAACCAGCUCAUCUCCUCUGUCUCCAACAUCACCUGCCCCAACUUUGACCCCAGAGACUGCCUCCCGGGCUCUGUCACCCUCAUGCCCAAUGGCUGCUGCAAGAAAUGCACCCCCCUCAAUGAGACCAGAAUCCCCUGCUCCACCAUCCCGAUUACGAGGAAAAUCACACAUGCAGGCUGCACCAAGACGGUCAACAUGAACUACUGCUCGGGGUCCUGCGGGACCUUCGCCAUGUACUCCGCUGAGGCUCAGUCCCUGGACCACAAAUGUUCCUGCUGCAAGGAGGAGCGGACCAGCCAGCGUGAGGUGCUGCUGGACUGCCCCAACGGUGGCUCACUGUGGCACACCUACACCCACAUCGAAAGCUGCCUGUGCCAGGACACCACCUGCGGGCUCCCACUUGCCCAGCCCACGGCCCUCAACCGUGACCGGCGCUCCGCUCCCGGGGCCUGGCAUCCCAGGAAGCCGUGA